UCGCAUCUCAUUCCUCUCACAUCUCGUCGUUUUGCCAUAUCUCGUCUUCCGGAAUCCCGUCGAGCCAAUCAAUCAGUUCCCCCCCCUAGGAUCCGUCCGUCCGUCCAUCGGCCGAUCAGCGCUUCGGUUCCCUUAUCUAAACCGCCUCACGCCUAUCGGCGUCACCUCACCACCGGCUUCUGGUCAUCGCCGCUCGUUCCAUCAGCGCAGCAGGACGAGCUAGUCGAGCCACGGGAUCCUCGAGCCAAGGGAUCGUCGAGCCGCGGGCAUGGAGGACUGUUGCGCGGUGUGCGCGGAGCCGUUGGAGUGGGUGGCGAUCGGGCCGUGCGGGCAUCGCGACGUGUGCUCCAUGUGCGUCGCGCGCCUGCGAGUCGUCAUGACCGACCAGCGCUGCUGCAUCUGCAAGCAGUCGUCGCUCGCCGUCGUCGUCACCAAGGCCCUGGGCGACUACACGCGAACGUCGUUCGACUUCGCAGCGCUGCCGUCGCUCGUCGUCACGCCCGGGCGACCCGGGGGCGGCGAGUACUGGUACGACAGCGCCAUGGGCGCGUAUUUCGACGACGAGGCGCACUUCAAAGCCAUGCGCGCAAUGACGCGCCUCACCUGCGCCAUCUGCGCCAAAUCCCCGCCCGCCGCCGCCGCCGCCGCCGCUGGCGGAGCGCAUCCGCCGUCCGCGGGCAAAGGCGCGCCGCCGCCGGGACUGUCGUUUCCUAGCGUGAGCGCGCUGAAGAGACACCUGAAAGAGUCGCACCACGUGGGCAUGUGCGAGCUGUGUCUCGAAGGGCGCAAGGUCUUCCUAUCGGAGCAGCGGCUGUACACGCGGCAGCAGGUGGAGCGGCACGAGGCGGGCGGCGAUCCCGAGGUGGACGGCAGCAGCGAGGAGGAGCGCGGGGGGUUCAAGGGGCACCCGCGCUGCGACUUCUGCUGGCGGCGCUUCUACGGCGACAACGAGCUCUUCCACCACAUGUCCACGGAGCACUUCACGUGCCACAUCUGCCAGCGCGCCAACCCUGGCAACUACGAGUAUUUUCGCUCCUACGUUGAUCUCGAGACGCACUUCCGCGGCGACCACCACAUGUGCGAGGACAGGGAGUGUUUGGAGAAGAAAUUCGUCGUCUUUCAAUCGGAGAUGGAGCUCAAGCAACACAUAGCGCAGCAGCAUGCAGGCAACAUGAAGCGCGCUGAGCGCAACCGAGCACUGCAGAUCCCCCCCUCUCAAUUCUUCAACUUCCGCUCCCUGCGCCCAGAGGGGGGGAGGGGGCGAGGCAGGGGGGGGCGACAGGGCGAGGCAGCCGUGGUGGCAGCGAGUAUUGAGUCAUCUCAGUUGGAGAGGGCUUUAAGGGAGUCAGCUGCUAUCGCAGGGGGAAAGCAACAACAGGCGAGGAGACGAGGAGGGGCUAGUGCUGCUGCAGACGAUUCUCUAUCCUCGGCCUCGUCAUCUCUACCAUCAUCCUCUGCUGUCCCUGCCUCCUCCUCUCCUGCCCAUUUCCCUCCUCUCCUCGCCCCUGACGCGUUCCCCCACCUCUCCGCCUCCUCCUCUCCUGCCCCUGCUGCUGCUGACCCAGCCGGCAAUAGCACCACCGCUACCACUGGCGGCAGCGGUGCUGUCAACAGUGGGCCGUUAACCGAGGGCAUGUCAGUGGCGGUGUAUCGACAGAUGGCACAGCGAAACACAGUCGCAGCAGCCGUGGCAGGAGGAGCAGCAGCAGGCGUGGGGGGCGCAUCGCAAGACGCCCUCUUUCCUCCCUUACCCUCUGCUGCCUCUGCCGCUGCCGCCGCCGCUCCCUCCGCCACGCCUGACACCUGGGGCCCAGGAAAGGCCAGCAGAGCCGGCGGCAAGGGAGGGAAGAUCAAGGGCGGGCUCGCAGUUCUUAACUCUGCUGGUCCUCUCGCCCCCUCCCAGCCCUCCGCAGGAGGGGGAAGGGGUAGUGCAGGGGUGUUACAGGCGGAUGCGUUUCCGAAGCUGGGAGAGACUAGAGCGGUGAAGGAUAGCUGGGAGGAGGAGUACGAUGAGAAGCAGCAGGAGGAGAAAACACGCUCCCCCCAGCAGCAGCAGCAGCAGCAGCAGCAGCAGCCACAGUCGCAGCCACAGCAGCAGCAGCAGAAGGAGAGCCGGAGCAGCAAGCGGGUUGGGGAGCUAUCCGGGGAAGAAGCCGCAGCACUCCGAGCAGCCAACAAGGCUUUAGUAGAGGAAAUCAAAUCCGGGCUAGGCGCGGGCAACAGCGCAGGGUUUGAGGAUUUCAAAGACAAAUCGGCGCAGUGGCGGUCGGGAGCGAUGCUGACAGUGGUGUACUACGCGCAUGUGUGUCGCCUGGGGCUGUCCCAUGUGGUUCCACGACUUGCUUCCCUUUGCCCUGACGCGGGGAAGAGGGAUGAGCUGCUGAGGGUGCAUGCUGCGAGGCAAGCAGUGGUAGUCGGGGUCGGGGAGGGGAGUGGAGAAGAGGGGGGGGGGAGGGGGAAGGGGAAGGGGCAAGGGGUUGGUGGCAGAGGGAAAGGAGAUGGAGUGGCAAGUAAUGGUGCUGCUGCUGGUUCUGCUUCUGCUGCUGGAGGGUCACGAGUAGCAGCUCUCUCGCGCCCCCUGCAUGCAUCCACCUCUGCGCCAGAGCUUGCUGCCUUGGCAGCACCACCCGCUCCUGCUCAUGCUCCUACUUCUGCUUGUCCGGCGCUCUCACCUGCGCCUUCUCGCUUCCAGACACAGUCUGGGGCAGGUGCAGCAGCAGCAGGGCGAGGAGGAGGGGGCGGGGGUGGAAGGGGAGGAGUGGGUAGUGGGAGUGGCAGUGGGAGCAGAAGCAGCAAGGAAGCGAACGGAGCAGGGGGUGGGGGGGAUUGGACGUGCAGUGUGUGCACCCUUGUCAACCCCCCUGUCUCUGUGCGCUGCUCUGUCUGCGGCUCUCUGCCCACCACUGCACCCACUGCACCCCUUGCACCGCCCGCCUCAUCUCCCCCCCUUGCCCCAACCCCCCCUCGCCGCAUCAGCAGCAUCGCAACAGGCACAGCCGACGCUGGGGAAGCCACAGGAGGAGGAGGGGGUUGGGGGAAGGGCAAGGGGAGGAAGAGCAAGGGAGUGAGGGUGCGGCUGGGUGAUGGGUCUGCUGCUGCACUGUUUGCACGCCUGGAUGGGACGGAGAGCCAAGGGGCGCCGAGCUCGUGGGCUGAUGCUGCUGGCAGAUGGUGAUUUGAGGGGCUGGGUUGGGAAGACGUGUCUCCGCUGGAUCUGCCAAAUCGACUCAUCUUAUCGAUGCAAUGUCGUUGAGAGGCAUGGUACAACUGUUAUUUUUGUUUGGAUAAUGGUUCGCAUGAUUGAUUUCCGAAGUCUGCACUAGCCUGAUGGUUGUACUUGUCAUUUUAGACAUGUGCUUAUAUGUAGAAGUUAUAGGCUAGACGGGUUUGUGUUUGUUGGGCUGAGAAAAGCCCUUAGGAUCUUUCCAGAGACUAAGUCCCAGUUGAAGAAUGAGACUUGAGUAGUGCAGCUGAAGUUGAGUAGUUGAACCCUUGUACUAGUAUAUGA